GUUAUAGUAUCUCCAUCACAUGGCCUGUCGGAAAAGCUGGAGGGCGAUGUAUCAUGCAGGGCGCAGCCUGCACACGAUAGCGCUGCGUCGUCCGCAGCACCUCUGCGACACCGAGCCUCAAACCAUGGCGCAAGUGCGCGACAAGACGAAGUCUCUGCUGGACUACGAAGGGAUUAUCGGGACGCCGGGUCCCCGUCUCGACCGCUCGCAGCUGGCUUCCUACCUGGCGCAGUCCACAGAGCUGCCUGCGCGCCGCCUGUUCGACAGCUACGACGAGGCCAUCAUUCCGUUGAGACGCGACUUGGAGGUGCGCGAGCAGUAUCAUAACGGCUUCCAGCGCGUCCGCUUCGGACUCCUUCUCGAGGACCUGGACAACUUUGCUGUGUGGCUGGCCUACAAGCACACCCUCCUCCCGCGGAACCCUGACCCUUCCAAGUCUCCGUUCGGCAUCGUCACCGGGAUGGUGGACCGCAUCGAUAUUGAGAACCGGCAGCUGCCGCUGGACCAGGACAUGCGCUUGCGGGGCCUGAUCUCCUACGUCGGCCAGUCCUCCGCCGAGGCGCUCGUCUUCAUGGAGCAGAAAAAGAGCGAUGGACCCGGAUGGGACAACAUUCUGGAGGCGCGUUUCGUCCUCGUCGCGCGCGAUCCCGUGCACUCCAGAAAAGCCAUCCUCAAUCCGCUGCAGCCCGACGGCGACGAGGAGCAGGCUUUGUACGAUGACGCUCAUGCCAGCUACACGGCUCGCAAGCAGUGGGCGGAAGACUCGCUGUUCAAACUGCCGCCCAACCAGGAGGAAAGCCGCAUCAUUCACGACCAGUUCCUGCAGACCGUCGAUCCCCGGGAGUCGGUGUUCACGGUGCGCGUCAAGCCGGCCAAUACGGUGUGGAUGGAGGAGGCGGUGCUGAAGAACGUCCACAUCUGCCAUCCGCAGAACCGCAACGUCCACGGCAAGAUCUUCGGCGGCUUCCUCAUGCGCAACGCUUUCGAGCUGGCCUGGUCCAACGCCUGGCUUUACGGCGGAUCGCGGCCGAACGUGCUAAGCGUGGACGACAUCAGGUUUAAGCGGCCGGUGGAGAUCGGCUCGCUGCUUAUGAUGUCGGCGUGGUUAGUGUUCACGGAGGGCGCGGACAUGCAGAUCCGCGUGCAUGCCGAGGUCAUCGAUCCGGCCACGCGCAAGAUCGAGACAACCGACAUCUUCCACUUCACGUUCCGCGCCUCCAGCGGCGGCCCCGUCCGCACCGUUCUCCCCAAGUCCUACGCCGAGGCCAUGCUGCAGUUGACCGGCCGGCGGCACUACGCCGCGUCUCGGCACCACCAGCGCUUACUGCAGGAGAAGGAGAAGACCGUGGUGCCGCACUAA